AUGCCCUCGCUAGCAAACAUCCUGGCCGGUGCCCUGGCCUUGACCGGAGCUGCCAACGCCCGGGUCUUUCAUCAGCAUGGUGCCGUCCUCUACUCGUCUUCGUCGCAGAACUCCAACCCCAUGGACGUUCUGGUCCCCGUGCGUCCGCAGUCGGCCAGCAUCCAGGUGGCCGGGGUGUCGUCGGACGAGACGAGGCUGGGCAUGCACAGCGACCGUCACCUGCGAUGGCAAGGCCAGCACGGCACGGUGGCGGACCUGCACGUCCGCAUGACGGCGGACAAUGAGACGCUGGUGGACCUGGAAGAUAUCGACGACCUGAUCGAGAGCAUCAGCUGCCCGCCGCAGAACUCGACGCGCGUGGGCAACAUCACCAUCAGCUUCAAGGCCAAGGAGGACUUCAACAGCGCGGCCGACGUGUGGGACUGGGUCAACCGGGAGGACGACCACCACUUCGUCCUCCUGGCCGGCAAGGGCGACUGCGGCUGGAACGCGGACCGGGUGCUCUUCGACGUGCAGAGCAUCCGGUACGACAACGAGGCCGAGGAGGCCACGCUGCAGGCGCGCCACGUCACCUGGAAGGAGGCCAUCCACACCUUUGACCUGACCAUCGGGCAGCAGCAGGCCCUGUCCGCGGGCUCCGACCAGGCCAAGGACGCCGCGCUGUCCACGCGCGCCUCGACCGAGUUCUCCAUCCCGCUCGACGCCGACCUCACCGGCAGCGACCUGAGCUUCUCGUACUACGACGACGUCAACGUCAGGGGCGUGUGCGCCAACUGCACGGCCUCGGGGUCGUUCUACAUCCAGGCCUCCUUCAGCAUGUCGUGGUUCUCCCUCGACGAGGCCUGGGUCUCCGUCAGCACCCCGGGCGUCAGCGUCGUCGCCAUCACGAACCUCACCAUCGACGGCUCCCUCACCGAGGCCAUGUCCCAGACCCUGCCGCUCUUCAGCGCCGCCCCCGCGGGUAUCGACAUCCCCGGCCUCGUCACCAUCGGCCCCACCGUCUCCAUCAACCUCAACGCCGACCUCGGCCCCGUCACCGGCACCGUCAGCGUCACCAUGGGCGGCACCGCCAGCAUCCCGGCCUCCCAGGCCACCAUGGACUUCCUCAACCAGGACAACACCGGUUCCAGCGGUUGGACCGUCGACGCGCAGGCUGUGCCGCUCGAGGUCGAGGCUCAGGUCGAGGCUUCCGCCUCCAUCUCCCUCGCCCCGGCUCUAGGCCUCGAGGCCAGUGUUUUCGACUACGGCUUCCUCGGAGAGCUCUCCCUCAACGUCCCCACCCUCAAGGCAGCUAUUGCCGUUCAGGCUUCCUCCACUUGCAGCGUCUGCGACGGCCAGUACAGCAGUGGCAUUGACGGCAAAGUCACCUUGUCCACCAGCGUAGUCCUCGACAUCAAGCAGAAGAAUGGCGACUUCUACGACACACUCUGGACCCGGACCCUCUUUGAAUACAUCUGGCCUGCUCUCGUCGGAUUCUGCGAGCCCCUCGGCCCUCAACUGCUGAGCUGUGGCGCCGGCAGUGCGGCGCCCCCUACGAAUGGAACGUGGGUCGGCAGCGACGGAACUUAUGCUGUCCGUGCCCGUCGGUUCUAA